UUUAACCAUAUAUAGCAUGCACAGUAUACAUUAUACAACUUAAAGUAUGAAUUCAAAACGAAAGUGUCAGGCUAAUUUUCUUGUUGGAUUAGUUGUUGUGUUUUUGAGUUUUCAGUUUGUUCCAUCUUCUGCAAGAAGUAAUAUCGAACAAUACAAGAAAUUAACAAUAAAGAUGAAACCGUAUUUUAGAACGACCGUAUUUGAGGAAUUCCGGAAGUUCAACUUAAGUUUGCUUUUCAAGAUAAACCCGACUACAUACAUUUUUGAGUUCGUCGGUGAUAACAGUAUGGACACUCUACAGCGUGUGUUAGAUAUCUACAAGCACCAGAUAGCACAAUGGGAAGCUGUUCGUGUUUAUGAUAAUACAAUUAAGCCAGAUGGAACGGUCGUAGAGCUUCAGAGAUACUUCGGUAACAUGUAUGCACCUAACCUGGUAUGCAGUAACUACUAUGGGAUGGAUAUAUCCAAGGCCUGGUCUAGAGGUUAUACAGGAAAAGGAGUCACCGUUGGCAUCACGGGCGUAGGCAUCAAUACCGAUCUUUUGGAUUUACAGCAAAACAUUGAUGAGAGGUUAUGCAUGAACUUUGUAAACAAUAGCAAAGAUGUAACACCAGAAUAUUACAACAAUAUUCGAGCCAUAUCGGAUAUUAAGUCAGAUCAUGAUAACAGAAUUGCAAGCAUAGUUGCAGCUACGAAAGGGAAUAACUUUUGCAGUGCCGGAGUAGCGUAUAAUGCAACAAUUGCUGCGUUGAAGAUAUUUCAAUUGAAGCUGUAUCAAGGUAUAACAUUAGACCUUUACCCAGGGCACUGGACUGCAAGUGAUAUCAUGGCGAAAGCUUUCGUCUACAAUAUUGCUAACAUAGAUAUAUUUGUGAAUGCUUGGACUACACCACAAACAUUCGAUAAGCUAGAUUUAGCUACCAGUGAGGCAUUACAAUACGGAGCUGUAUCGGGCCGCAAGGGGUUUGGAGUCGUAUAUCUGGUACCAGCCGGACCUGUGGGCAACGGGUUAUCUAAUAAUAACAACACAAUAACCGUGAAUAGUGUUGGUAGGCAAGGUACCAUUCAAGAUGGGGCAUACACUGAUACAAGCGUUAUCACCUCUGGUCUGGGACAAGGAAACAACCUGACAGCCUGAGCUAUAGUAAGAGCAAAACUAUUUGUACUCUAUUGAACUUCAGGCUCAGGUCACAACAUCUCGCAACAACAAAUGUAUAACCGGGUUCAAGGGUGUGUCAGCUGCAAUGGCCGGGAUUGCCGGAAUCAUUGCAUUAGGUCUUGAGGCAAA